AUGUCAGAGAAGAAGCCUCGAGGCUCAGACACGCGUCCCAAAUGUGGCCUCCGCAGUUGGAGUGCUGACAGCUAUGUUUGGAAGGGGAAGAAACGCUCCCGCAGCUCUCGCAACGGGUCGAGUCCAGGGGACCUGGAGGUGGAGGGGACGGAGGAGCUGGGUGUGCGGUCAACAUCCUGUCCAAGGCGGCGCAGAGAGAGAAAGUGUAGCUGCAGCACUCUUGGGGAUGCGUUGACGUCUGCAGACAUUGAUGUAGUGUGUCGGAAGGCCUUGUCCCGCCGAUCUCUGCGGCAGAAGUUCCAGGACGCGGUUGGCCAGUGUUUUCCUCUGCGGUCCCACCAUCACCACCAUCAUCAUCACCACCAUCCAUCUGGCUCCUCACGACCCUUCUCAGUGCUCUUCUGGUCCAAACGCAAGAUCCACGUCUCAGAGCUCAUGCAGGACAAGUGUCCCUUCUCACCCAAAUCUGAACUGGCCCGAUGUUGGCACCUUAUAAAAAAUCAUGCCACCCACCCAAAUGCCUUGAAAGACAUGGAGGUUCCACUCAAACCCAGUGCCUCAUCUUCCUCUACCACCCCACCACAGACCCCCCUCUCUUGGGAGGACAUCUGCUGCUCUCCUGGGCCUGGAGGCAGCAGCCUGGGAGGGGAGGACUGGGACCCUUCCUGUCCUAAUGGGGGAGCAGAGGGCACCUGUGGCCACACUGACUACAUCCUGGUCCCAGACCUCCUCCAGAUCAACAACAGCCCAUGUUACUGGGGUGUGUUGAACCGCUUCGAGGCAGAAGAGCUUUUGGAGGGCAAACCAGAGGGAACGUUUCUGCUCCGAGACUCUGCCCAGGACGAGUUCCUCUUCUCGGUCAGCUUUCGGCGCUACAGCCGCUCCCUGCACGCACGCAUCGAGCAGAACGAAAAGCGUUUCAGCUUUGACGUGCGUGACCCAUGCAUGUACCGGGAUCCCAGUGUGACAGGAUUACUGAGACACUACAGCGACCCAGACACCUGCCUCUUCUUUGAGCCACUCCUUUCCCGCCCGCUAUCGAGGACCUUCCCUUUCUCCCUCCAGCACCUAUGCAGGACUGUGAUCUGUAGCUGCACCACCUACCAGGGCAUAGACAGCCUGCCGCUGCCGCCUCAGCUCAGGGACUACCUGCGACAGUACCACAUUAAGUGUGAUGGGGCCUGCGCUGUGUGA